AUUUAAUAGCGUUGGAACCAUCCAACAUUACCAUAUUUCCAAUCUUACCAACCAUGCCGGAAACAACCACCACUGAUGCCCAUGUGGCAGUCCUCGCCUUCCCCUUCUCCUCUCACGCGGCUGUGCUCCUUUCCGGCGUUGGCCGCCUAGCCACCUCCGCUCCCAACACCUUAUUUUCAUUUUUCAGCACUGCCCAGUCCAACAACUCCAUCUUUGCUGCUACUAGGCAACCCAACCUGAAGGCAUACAACGUAUGGGAUGGGGUACCGGAAGGCCAUGUCUUUUCCGGGCGUCAUCAAGAGGACAUUGACUUGUUUAUGGAAACAGCUCCGCAGAGCUUUCGGAAGGAAAUAGAAGUAGCAGUGGUAGAGACCGGGAGAAGGGUGAGCUGCUUGGUCACAGAUGCAUUCCUUUGGUUCGGGGCAGAGAUAGCAGAGGAAAUAAGGGUGCCUUGGAUACCUUGUUGGACGUCAGCAUCCACCUCGCUCACUUCUCACGUUCUCACCGAUCUCAUAAGGGAAACAAUCAAUGAUUGUGCAGGGUUGGCGGGGCGUGAAGAUGAAACCCUCUCUUUCGUCCCAGAAAUGUCCAAAAUUCGCAUCUGUGACUUACCCACAGGAAUCCUUUUUGGGAACCUGGAAUCUGUUUUUCACCGCAUGCUGCACCGGAUGGGCCAAAUGCUCCCGCAGGCGGCUGCAGUUUUCGGUAAUUCUUUCGAAGAACUUGAACCUGAUACAACCAACUACCUCAAGACCAAGUUGAAAAGCUUUCUUACCAUCGGACCCUUCAACCUUGUAAACCCACAACCACCUGUCCCAGACACCUUCGGUUGCUUGUCAUGGUUGGACAAGCAGAAACCAGCGUCAGUGGCAUAUAUUGCUUUCGGAUCAGUGGCAACUCCUCCUCCGGCCGAGCUUGUGGCACUAGCAGAAGCACUAGAAACCAGCAAGGUGCCUUUCAUAUGGGUCCUCAAAGAUAGCUUGAUGACCCUUUUGCCUAAAGGGUUAGUAGGAAAUGGUAAGGUGUUAACAUGGGCUCCCCAACAGAAGGUGCUGGGUCACAACGCGGUGGGAUUAUUUAUAACUCAUGGAGGGUGGAACUCGGUACUAGAAAGCAUUGCAGGUGGGGUUCCAAUGAUAUGCAGACCGUUUUUUGGGGAUCACAGUGUGAACGCAAGGAUGGUAGAGGCGGUUUGGGAGAUGGGAGUGACAGUUAAAGGCGGGGUUUUCACAAGGGAGGAAUUAUUGAGUAGCAUGGAUUUGAUUUUCGUGCAAGAAAAAGGGAAGAAAAUGAGGGAAAGGGUUGGAGCGAUGAAAGAAGCUGCGGAAAGAGCAGUUGGUGAAAAAGGGCGUUCUACUCAAAAUUUUAUGGCAUUGUUAAAUUUGAUUUCUAGCUAGUUCUAAUACUGGUAAGGAUGCUCGCUAGCUUUUCCUCUUUGAUGAUUUCAUCACAUUGAGAAUUGUUUCUUGUCUUGGCCUUAUUUUUAAAAAAUAAAAGUGAAAUUCUAAUAAAUAUAUAAAUAAAAAAUUAUUAGAAAAUGUAAUCGUCUCUUGAUCUUCCAUAUUAUUGUUAGAUGUACCCUAUGGCCCAACUAGAUUCACAAUAAUAUUUAUGUAUUUGU